AAAAAGAUAUAACUAGGAGAUAAUGAAGGUUAUCUUAAAGAACCAUUGGGUAGUGAAGCCAAUAGAGCCAACAUGGAAUGGCACUGUCUGCUUAUCAGAAUUUGAUCAAACAUUUGCUGUAACUCAUGUACCAACCAUCUAUUACUACAAACUUCGUCAGGAUUAUGUUACAUCAACAGACGACAUCAUCCAGACCCUCAAGACCUCACUGAGCAAAGCACUAGUACACUUUUAUCCACUAGCCGGUCGUUUGCGAUGGAUCGAAGGGUCCCGUCUUGAGCUCGACUGUGAUGCCUCGGGAGUUGUGCUCAUCGAAGCUGAAACCGAUGCCAAGCUAGAUGAUCUCGGAGAUUUCUUGCCAUCUCCUGAGUAUAAUAGCUUGUUUCCCAGUGUAGAUUACACGAUCCCGAUUGAUGAACUCCCAUUGUUGUUUGUGCAACUUACUAAGUUCCAGUGUGGUGCCAUUGCUCUCAGUUUUGCAAUCUCACAUGCUGUGGUUGAUGGCCAAAGUGCUCUCUACUUCCUCUCCGAAUGGGCUAGGCUUGCUCGCGGAGAGCCGUUGAUGUCUGAUCCUUUUCAUGAUCGGAAAGUUCUCCGAGCCGGCGAACCUGCCACCGCACCUCCAACUUUUGAGCAUUUACAGUUUAAUCCACCACCCCUUUUAAUUGGCAAGUCCGACAGUGAUUUCGAGAAGAAAAUUGUAACGAAAGGGUCUAUGCUAAAACUUACUAAAAACCAAGUAAAAUUGUUGAGAGAAAAAGCGAACCAGGGAAGAAACUUAGAGGAUAAUAAAGAGCGUAGUUACACACGUUAUGAAGUUGUGACUUCUCAUGUAUGGAGAUGUGCAUGCAAGGCAAGAGGUCAUAAAUUUGAGCAGCCUACUAAUUUAUGCAUUUGUGUUAACAUACGCAAAAGAAUGCAACCACCUUUGCCUGAAUCCUACUUUGGCAAUGCCAUCGUUGAUGUCAUCACUACCGGAGUCUCGGGCGACAUCGCCUCAAGGCCAUUGGAGUAUGCUGCUAGAAGGGUUAGGGAAGCCAUUGAAAUGGUGACAAGUGAUUAUGCAAACUCGACGAUUAAUUUCUUGAAAAAUCAAGAGGAUUUGUCGAAGUAUCAAGAUAUUCAUGCAUAUAGAAGCACUGAGGGUCCUUUCUAUGGGAACCCUAAUCUUGGAGUCAUAAGCUGGAUAAGUUUGCCACUGUUAGGGUUGGAUUUUGGGUGGGGAAAAGAGAUUCAUAUGAGUCCUGGAACUCAUGAAUAUGAUGGUGACUGUGUCAUAAUCCCAGGGAGUGAAGGGGAUGGAUCUUUGACUGUUGCAAUCAUUCUUCAAGAUGCUCAUGUGGAAGCUUUCAAGAAAUUCUUCUAUGAAGACAUCGAGUGUUGAAAAUAAUGCUUUAUGAGAGGAAAAGGAACAAAUUAAGAACAUGUAACUUUUCCUAUAUUAGCCAUAUAUAGCCAAGCAAAAUAAACUCUUUAAUUAUCUCCAUAAUUACUUGAAUAUAUUUCUUUUCUAACGGAUUUCUCAAAUGCUUAUUUAAUACUCGUAAUUGUAUGAAUAAUAUAAUAGUUCGUAAAUGGUUUAAGCA